AUGAUGAAAAUAAUUAUAAAAGUUAUCAUAACAUUAUGUGUAUUGAUUGAAUUAGUUAAUGGUGUACAAUUUUUAAACUUAAUACCUUAUAAAUCCUGUGAUUGUAGUGGUCCAGUUAGUGGUACCGGGUUUAGUAGUGUCAUUGAUACAUGUAUUACAUAUGAUUAUCAAAAUAACUAUGUUUUCAAAGUAUUUAAGGAUAUAGUAUCUAUUGAAUCAUUUAAAAGUCCAAAUGGUGAGCAAGUUUGCGAAUCACAAGAUUUAAAUAAAACACCAAUAAAAACAGAAAUAAAUUCAUGUUUACCUUAUUUAGAGAUUGGUAAUUUAAAUUUAAAUUAUCAAUUAACAGAUCCAUAUGAUAGUAGUGGUGGUAGUGGAUCAUAUUCAUAUUAUACGGGAUCUGGUACAGGAUCUGGUUCUGGAUCUGGUUCUGGAAGUGGUUCUGGAUCUGGGAGUGCAUCUAAUAGUAAUUCAUAUUAUCCAAGUAGUAGUAGUGAAAUUGAUAGUGAAUAUUCCUAUAAAGUAACAUUAACAAAUGGUGAACCAUUGAUUCCAACAAAUUCAUAUGUAACUAGUUUUAUGCCAAAUCAAUGCACAACUGAUGAUUCAUCAAAUGCUUUAAUUUUUUAUUAUUUCAUUAAUGGUACAUGGCUAUAUGAAAGAGAUGAUUUAUAUAAAUCAGUUUAUUACUGUUCAAAUAAUACUCCAUAUUCAUUUGGUUAUAAGGAAAAUCAACCACAAGAUAUGUCAAUAAAUUGUAAUAGAUAUGCACCAUUCUUUAAUUCAUCAUAUGAAGUUUACCCUUCAUCAGAAGCAACUGGAAAUUAUAUCUCCAGUAGUAGCACUAGUAGUAGUAGCGAUUCAGGUUCAACAGGUUAUAGUGGUUCCAGUUCUAGUAGUAAUAGUAUUAAUGGUGAAACUAGUGGUUCUGGUACAAGUGGUUCUGGUAAUUCUGGUAGAAGUAUCACCAGUGGUGGUAGUAUAAUUACAAGUUCAACAAGUUCAAGUAAUAGUGAAAGUAAUAGUAAUAGUAACCAUGCCACCAGUAGCGGAAGUGCAUACUUUGGUGAUGGUUCUGAGGAAAUUUUCUAUCAAAAUGUUUAUUGUACUUAA